AUGGUGAAGCUUCGGCCUGACCGGUGCCUCUGCCAAAACAGGCCGAGCUUCAGCGGCAGCUAUGUCCUGAGCCGGGAAGACCUGGAUGGCUGCAACCGCAGCUCGCACAGCUGCGAUGAGGGGCACUCCGUCCACGUGGUAUCGUUGGACCAGGUCUUGCAGAGCUACGGGGCUUCCAAGGUGUGCCUUCUGAAGAUCGACACCGAGGGCGCGGAGCUGCGCGUGCUGCGAAGCGCACAGGCCUGGCUCAGCCGGCGCGCCAUCCAAGUCAUCUACUUCGAGUGGAGGCCGCUCAAAGACCUCGCCAAAGGUGAGGACCCUUUCCAAAUCUUGGAGUUCCUGGAUGCGCUGGGAUACGGGAUCUUUGCUUCGGCAGCCUGGUUUAAGGAAGAUGAGGUGCAAUUGCCUUCCGUCCAAGAGUGGACUGCGGUGCCGCGGGCGCUUUGGAAGGACAUGCUGCACUGGAAGGCUGGACAAUGGGGGCGACGCUCCACGGCCGGGUCGGCAUAUGACGGCAUGCAUGUUACAACACACAGUGAACAGCCGGUGACCAUGGAGAUGGAGUUGCCGGAGCGCCGGGUCCUCAGCGUAGCUGUCACAAGGGCGCGGCUGACUGUGGGGUUCUCCGGAGGCAUGAAGAUUAUUGAAGACGCAAGAAAUCGCAUGCCGAGUCAGAAGGCGAGAAGGCGAGAAGGCGUGGGCGAGGAAGACUUUGGCCAGGUUUGGCAAGACCUGGGCGGACGGAACCGCUUCUUCUGUGGUGGCAGGUGCAUUGCUGGUCCGGACAUGGACUAUCACUUCCAGCUUUGCACCUUCUGUAGCUUGCUUGUGCCCUCGCUUUUCUACUUCUCCGUGUGCGCGCGAUACCUUUGGGAUGUCAGCCCCUGGAUUCCAGUGCUCACGGCCAUCAUGCUGAUGUCAACUGUGGCUCUUUGGUUCCUGACCGCUUGCACGGACCCAGGUGAAGCCAGCACGCCCACCACGGUGAAUCCGAGCACCGCAGCAUCGGCGACACCAUCCUGCUCCGAACUGCCAGCCAGGCGGACGCCUUUAUCCUCUAAAGCUAGGCCAUUCACAAGCUCAUCUUCUAGGUACGUUUCCUUGCCCGGAAAUGAGCUGGCCACUGGGGCAUUUCCGUACAACCCAGAGCUUCAAGACUUUGUGUACUUGAACAUGGGGCAGGCACCUGGCAAAGGAGCAGGUAGCUGUGAGCGUGCAACAGGAAGUCAGGAAGUAUCGCAGGAGUUUGUGGCGGCUCGGGCCGCACUCCGCACUCCGUCUCCAGAGCUUCGCUAUGGGACAUUCGAGAGGCAAAUCACAGAGCUGGACUUGCUGUUGAGCCCAUUGCCUUCUGACGCGCGGCCGUACCAGAGCCAGUGUCAGACAGCGAUCUCAGCAGCAGCCCAGGCAGCGGGCCAGGCCUCACAGGGCUUCGAUCUUCACGUACCAGUCAAACGGACGUUCAUUCAUUACGACACCAAAGCUGAAGGCGACAAAACGCCUUGCAGAAGGACACGUUCCGCUUCAGCACCUGCAAGGCUGUGUUCGCGACAGUGUGCGCGUGUGACACAGGAGCAUCGCGCUGGCAACUGCAAGCCAUGCGCGUAUUUCUUCGCUAAGACUGAUGGCUGCAGAUGGCACGAAGCUUGCACCUUUUGCCAUCUCUGCCCACCUGGGGAGCUGAAGCGCCGCAAGAAGCAGAAACGUGCUAUGCUUAAAGCUUUGGACAAAGCCCAGGAAAGUCCCGCUGGCUCUGUGUGA